GGGAUGGGCUGGGAACUCCGGAGGCUAUUUCAGCAUCUUUUGGGGGUGGUUACAGAGCCGCAGAGAGGAGCGCACGGAGCCCGGGAGCCCGGUUGUGGGGUGAGCUCCGGAUCUGAGCAGACUCGGGGAGCGGCCUGAAGCAGAGCUGGCUGGCCUCAUGAAUGGGGAUUUGGCAGCUGGGAAGAUGGCUUCCUCCACUGGUCCCCUGGGCCCCAUCGGCAGCCUGGAGCUCCUGGACCUGCUGUUUGACCGUCAGGAUGGCGUCCUGAGACACGUAGAGCUGGGCGAGGACUGGGGCCGCCUCGACGACCCGGUCCUGCCCGGCCCGGACCCUGAUGACUUCCUAAACUCCAUCCUGGCCUCCGGAGACUCGCUGCCCAGCUCCCCCAUCUGGUCUCCCGCAGCCAGCGACAGCGGCAUCUCCGAGGACCUGCCCUCUGACCCCCAGGACAGCCCUCCGCGCGGUGGGGCGGCCACCACCCCCCCGGGCCGCCAUUCUGUGGGGCCGGGGGAGCUGCCCUGCCCCCCCUACCGCCCUGGACCCCCCUGCCUCGCCGCCGCCCCCGGACCAGUUCCCCAAGUGCUGGACGCGUCUGUGGCCAUAGACUUGGAAAUGUGGAGCCCGGGCCUCUGUCGCGAGGAGCAGACGGAGCUAGCUGACCCUCCCCCGUGCUGCAGCCUCACCGUGAAAGACCUCCUCCUCUCCGGCAGCGGCGCAGACCCGCACCAGCGCCCCCUGGCGGCCCCUCGCCUGCCGCGGCCUGCGACCGAGCCCCGCCGCGACCUGCAGGAGCUGGUGCUGACGGAGGACGAGAAGAAGCUCCUGGCCAAGGAAGGCCUCACCCUGCCCACCCAGCUGCCCCUCACCAAGUAUGAGGAGCGAGUGCUGAAAAAAAUCCGCCGGAAAAUCCGGAACAAGCAGUCGGCCCAAGAGAGCCGGAAGAAGAAGAAGGAAUAUAUUGACGGCUUGGAAACUCGGAUGUCAGCCUGCACUGCCCAGAACCAGGAGCUUCAGAGGAAGGUCUUGCAUCUCGAGAAGCAGAAUCUGUCCCUCCUGGAGCAGCUGAAGAAACUCCAGGCCAUUGUGGUCCAGUCCACCAGCAAGUCGGCCCAGACAGGCACCUGCAUCGCGGUCCUGCUUCUCUCCUUCGCCCUCAUCGUCCUGCCCUCCAUUAGCCCUUUUGUUGCCAACAAAGCCGAAAGCGCUGGGGACUACGCACCUGUUCGAGUUUUCUCCAGAACUUUGCACAACGACGCUGCGUCCCGUGUGGCCCCCGACGCCACACCAGGCUCCGAGGCCCCAGGACCACUGCCCAAAGCUGGUGCAUCCCCAGAAGGGCCUCCAGGCAGCCCCAGGGCGGACUGGGAAUCUCAGGGCACGUCAGCUCUGGACAACUUGACGGAAGAGCUGGGCAACUCGACCCUGAUCCCUGACAACUCGACGGAGAAGCUGAGUCGGACCACCCUGCUGGACUGGACUGCGGCCGAGCCAGCGCUCAGCCCUGGGCGCGUGGGAUUGGAGGCGGCGGGGGAGGAGCUGUGAGCACCCUCCGGACGUGCCCCCAGGCCUUCCUGCUUAGGGGCCCUUCUGUGGACAGCGACAGGCAUGGGGGUGAGGUGAGACCCUGGCGGAAGUGCCAGGAUAGAGAUGCGCGAACUCACAGCCAUGCACUCACGGACCCAAGUACACACAGAACACGCUCAGACACAGGCAGCCGCAGGGCCACAAAGCCUGAGAGAUACAGACCCAGGCAAAGGAAGAAACAGGCACAUACAGAGUGAUCCGCAGUCUCACACAGACACACGCACACGCCAUGCCUCGACAACUCCCCUGCCCCGGGACUCCUUCCUGCCCCCUGCGCACAGGGAAGAGAAGGGUCUCUGCGGGGACCCUGGCCCCAGAGCCGUAGCCCACAGCCGCCCCUCUUUUCUACGAUUGCAGUGAUCCUUAAUAAAGUAUUUUGACAGAACA